AUGCAUUCAACAUGUAAUUAUAUAAUCCAAUCCAUUAGAAUAAAACAAAUAUGGAUUUGAGGAAAACUUUAAUGGCUCUAGUGUUAGUGUUUCAGAGGAGAGUUAAGAUAUCAUUAUAGUGGAACCACUUGAUGAAUAGAAACAAGCGUAAUUCUCUUUAUCCAUACAAUUAGAAUUAAUAAAGCAAAUGCUCUCUAUUUAACUGGUUAAAAUCAUUCCAUUCCAAACUCUUCUUAUGGUAAUAAACCAGUCAUUAAUUCAACAAUAUCAUCCAAGAUUUAUUCCUAAACAAACCAAUCAAAUCAACCAGAACAUUAACCAUAUUUUUAACAAUCAUAAAGACCUAAAUAUGAUCCUAAUGCUUCUGUUCCCAGAAAAUAUGACCCUAAUCUCCUUUAAAGAACAUAAUAAUAAUAACAAUAACUUUAAUCUAAUGCAAAUCCUUAAUUAAUAUCAAUUAUGGAACCCUAACCUAGAAUAACACAAUCAAUAAUAAAACCAACUGAAAAAUCAUUUCAUUAACCUAACAAUUAUGAUAAUUAAUAAAAAGUGAAGAACUUUUAAGAAUAAUUUGAAGCAAGCGAUGAAGAAGAUAUACUUUAAAUUUAAGUUUAACAGAAAUCUUCAUAAAAAUAACCAUCUGUUGUAGAUAUACCUACAAUUACUCCUAAUGAAAAAAAGACUAAUUACAUUUAAUAGCCUGUUUAAAUGAGAGAAUCAAAAGCUUCUGUUUUAACAGAUAAAGAUAAAUAAUAAUUAAUUGCAAAUGCUAAAUAAUAAAUGUUAACUCUAGAUCUAUUAGCAUCAAAACUAUCUACUCACAAUUAUACUGGCUAAGAUAUUUGUGAAAUUGUUACCUUCUAAAAGGGAAUAAUUAAAUUGCAUCAAGAUUUAAAUAAUAUUCUUAGUCAUGAUAGAAAUUCUAUAGUAUUAGUUGGAAUUAUUGGAUAAAACAAAUCAGGUAAAAGUACAUUACUAAAUGAAAUUGCACAUACUUCUAAUAAAUAGAAAUUUGGAAAUAAUGGAAUUUGGAUGUUAUCAAAACCACUUGUCAUUGAACAAAAAAGUUAUUAUUUCAUAGAUUGUUAAGGCACUGAUAACUAAUUGUUAUAUGCAUUUGUUAUGUUAUGUUGUUCUACUUUAUUAUAUAACACAUUAAAAUUAGAUGAUAAUAGUAUUUGGUGUUUUCCUGUGCUUGAUACAAUUUAAAGAUUAUUAAUUAAUGAAUAUGCCAUUACAUAAUUAUUACCCAAUUUUAUAUGGGUUUAACGUGAUACUCUUUAAGCUCGUCCAAUUAAUGAAUUAUAAGAAUUCCUUGUAAAAGCCAACAAAGGUCAAUUGUUUGAAAAUCUGUUUAAAUAACGUGAUGUAGCCUUUAUUGCUCCUCAAGGCACUUCAGAAUAUUAAUCUUCAAUUUCCUAAUUGAAAGAUAAAAUUAUUUUAGGAAGUGUUUGUAAAUAAGUCAAUAGCUACAAUUUGAAUGGUCCAUUAAUGUAUUUAUAUAUGGAAUAUAUUGUUGAUUUACUUAACAAACCAAUAUAAUUGUAAUUAGAUUAAUUAUGGGUAUCAAUUUGUGAGGAUUAUACAAAAGCUGUUUAUAAUUAAAGUUUAAAUGCUUUUGUUUAAGAAGUUGACAAUUGGAUGAAAGAUAAUCAAAAAAUUGAUGAUAUAGAGAUUUAUAAGUAAUUCAGAGAUUUUAAAGAUGUUUCAUUAUAAUCAAUAUACCCAUCUUGUUUUUUUAAUAAUAAGAAUCGAUCAUAUUAGCAAUAUAAAAAGAAAUUAUAAGAAACACUUUUAAGUAAAGAAAAAUAAGCUUUAUUAUUUUGUUAAUAUACAAGUCAAUGUGAAAAUGAUUCUCUAAUAACAAAGAAUAUAGGUAAAAUUAAUUUGAAAGAUAUUGAUUCGUUUUCUUAAUCUUUCAAUAAUAUGAUUGAUUAAUUGUUAAAACAAAAAUAUUAAUUAUCACAAUGUUCUACCUUUGCAGAAUGUUUACAAAAAAAUUAUAAAAAAUUAAUAGAAGAUCUAUUCUCUAAAUAUCAAAAGGCAUAAGCAAAUACAAGUGAAGAAUAAUAAUUCAAUUUAUAAUAAUCAAAAUUAUAGGUAUCUAAUAAGGAAGAUGAAUUGAAAAAAAAAUAAGAAUAAGUAACAUUUUUAGAGAAAAAAAGGAAUCUUUUAAUUAAGGAAAUAUAGGAUUUAUAAGAUUAAAUAAAAUUAGAAAGAGAGUCAAUUGCACCUGAUGCGAGAUAAUCAGGUCCAAAUGAAGAUUAAUUAUUAGAAUUGAAGUAGUAAUGUGCUUAAAAUAAAUAAGAAAUAUAAGUAUUGAGAAAAUAAGUGUAAGAUGCUGAACGUAGAAAAAAUGAGGAAGGAUGUAAUAUUCAAUGA